GUGUGUUCACUGCCCCGGUGAGAGGAGCGUACCACUUUGAGUUUCAUAUCAAUUCAGCAAACAGCCGCAGUACAGCAGCUUUCCUGGUCAAGAACUCAGAGAAUGUUUUUGCGGCACACAAGUCCCAGCCGGCCCAUUUCAUGAGUUCUUCUAACGGCGUCACCCUGCUGCUGGAGGUGGGAGACAAGGUGUUUGUGCGUCUGGCGGCUACAAGUCAUGUGUUUGACAACUUCAAUCACCACACCACCUUCAGUGGACACCUGCUGUUCCCCAUGUGAGACAGACACAGCAACUCUGUGACAGGUUGUUGUUGUCUCAGACACGUCUUCAUAGAUUUGAUCUGAUUUCACCUGCAUCCAAAUAAUAAUAAUGAGUAAUAAUUGUAGACAGGAGUCUUUUUUCCUUCAAAUAUAAAGUGGUUAAUGUUUCUGAUUCUCUCUUGUUUCUGUCAUUUUAAUCAAAUAAUGAAAUCAACAUGAACAUU